UACAAGAUGGGGGGGGGUGGGAGCUGAUGGCAUCGUGGCUGGAAGAAGGGUGCGUGAAAGGCAGGAUGCGGUUUCCAUGACAACCUGGCCGGGCAGAAAGGGGGGCUGGGGACUGCAGAGGAAAUUUUCCACAUCAGCAGAAAGGGAGGAGGUAGAAUGCAGGAAGGAAGGGGCUGGGCACGGACAGUCCCUUGUUUCUCACCUGCUGACUCAGGGACCAGAACUGGGCCUCGAACUUGUUUUUGUCUGGAAUCGCGACCCGGGACGAAUGGCAGGGAGCGUGCCUCCUUCCCUGCAGCUCCAGAACCUCGCUGCCCUCGGGGAGAGGCACCCCGACCUUGUAGUGGAAGUGGCCCAUCCCCAAAUAAUCCAGGAAUCUGGGGCACAAAUCCUGCGCCACGCCAAUCUCCUGGUGGGGUCCCCCUCAGCACUGGCUGAUCAGGCCACAGAGCAGCGGCUCCUGGAGGCCUCGCACCGCUGGGACCAUGCUGUGUUUGUGGCCCGGGGAGCCCUGUGGGGCAGUGAGGACAUCACCAGAUUGGACGCAGCUGGGGGCCUCCAGAGUCUUCGUGUCACCAUGGCCACGCACCCCAAUGGUUUCCGGCUGGAGGGACCGCUGGCUGCAGUGCGCAGCACUGAGCAUCGCACGGUGCUCUAUGAAGGUCCCGUCCGCGGGCUCUGCCCCUUCGCCCCCCGCAACUCCAAUACCAUGGCGGCCGCCGCCCUGGCUGCCCCCAGCCUGGGCUUUGACCGCGUGGUUGGAGUGCUUGUGGCUGACCUCAGCCUCGCAGACAUGCACGUGGUGGACGUGGAGCUGACGGGCCCCCCGGGCCCCACAGGACGAUGCUUUGCCGUGCACACCCACAGGGAGAACCCCGCAGAGCCAGGCGCGGUCACGGGCUCUGCCACCGUUACCGCGUUCUGGCGCAGCCUCCUGGGCUGCUGCCAGCUCCCCUCCAGGCCGGGGAUCCAUCUCUGCUGAGAAGCCGCCUCCUUCCCUAGUGGACAUCUUCGUCUCAUUUACGGCCCCCCACUACCAGCCCGCUGCUGCCCUCGGUUACCCCGGCCCUUCCUCCUGGCUCAGUAAAUAUUGGAGACUCUUCUCCCUACAA